AUGCCUGCUCGCCAAGCUUACAACGUGCGGAUUCUUCUAGGUCCUCAGAGGCCUCUGGAUUUACCGUCCUCCUUGUGUGAAAGUUACAGUGUUGAACCUGAGGACCUUCUUCUGCGAAAAUCACCGACCGCGUUGACCGUGAGGACCUUCUUGUGCCAAAGCUACCGAGUUGAACGUGAGGACCUCCUCGUCUCCACUCCUCUUUAUUCUGUCUAUAAAGCUGACGGACUAAAGGUCAUCAUGUCUCGAAGGGACAACGCACGUACGGACGCAUCCGUCAUCUCUGUUACUGAUUCUCUCAAGUCACUCAUGGCUUCUACCCUUCGCUACGCCGGCGAGAUGUCCGGUCUAACCUUCCUUGAUGACACUGCGCUCCGACAAUACGGCCCUGAACAAGUCCUCCAUCGGAUGCUGUCCACCAAGUCUUACAUCUCCACCAGCUCUUCCCUCGCUGCCAAAAAUCAGGCAGCACAUGACAAACCCGGGCGGCAAGCCUUCACUCAAGUAGGGAAGGGUCAAUGUGGUACUGUUUGGGCUUUGACUGGCACGACCCAAGUCUUCAAGAUUAUGAACGAGGGCAAGCAGGGUCAGCUGUGGAAUGACUACUGCCAGCAUGCCUCUAUCGAAGAAGCUUUUCUCGCAACUUAUUCAGGCUACAGACGCAAUAUCAGUCUGCCCAGAGUCAGCGCCUGGGUCGGACCCGACAAUGAAAUGUUCUGGGAAGAACAUCGCGGCCUGUUUCCUGAAGCAUCCUCAAUCAAGCCUACGUCUGGCUUCCUCUCUGAACGAAUCUUUCCUGUCCCAUUACCAGUUCGCGCUGCCCUCGUUGACGCCUUCGCACCCAGAGAGGUCAAAAAGAAUAAGGAGAGCUUCCUAUCGCAGCCGGAGAACAAGGACUGCUUGAUUCGCAUCUAUCUUGGACGGAGGCAAACUCGACCAGCGACCAAUACUUUCAGACUCCGCAACUUCGACAUGACAGUGAACGAGAUGGAAUUCCUGCGACUCGACACAAGCCUCUACGCCGAGACUCUUGCACAGAUGUUGGCAAUCAUCCACUGGAAGGCAAACCUCGAUGCCAAUGAUGUGGAGUUUGUGUUUGGCAGCGCACCAGCUGUAAAGGGACGACCUACCGCCGCAGAGCUCAAGGCUACAAACCCUAAGGACGUGCAAAAACUGGUGACUGAAAUCGACUUCAAUCAUCGAUCCAUCGGCAUUUGGGUCUUGGACUUCGACCAAUGCAAAGAGUUUGCUCAUGAUCAGGGCGGUGUCAAGCAACUCGAAAGGGGCUUCUAUUUCAAUGACCCCUACUACCCCCGUCCGGUCUCCACGGACCCAAAGGAUGUCGCCUUGUGGAAUACCUUCAAGGAGUGCUACCUGGAUACCAGCGCGGCGUUCAUUGCGAGUGGCAUGCCACAGCAGUUCAUUGAUGCCGUUGAGGCGGAAGGGAGGAAGAGGGGGGCUGGUGGCUCUCUAUUCAAGUAA